UCGAAUGGCCGAGUUGUUUCUGCAUUACUCUAUUAUUAUUUUCAACUGCGAAAUAAUUUAAUUUAUUGUUAUUUUCUAAAAAAAUCCAAAUUAUUGUUUCCUAUAGUGCUUUACGACAAGGUUUUGUAGACUAUCAUGUGUUAGCAAUCCGCUACCACGAUGUUUAACCGCGGAUGCGUUACGGACCGCAGUUCAUUGCCUUAUGUAAAACUGGUAAUGGUGUUUCUUCCGUGAGUGACCGAAAUGUACAGUGACUUAUGUGUAUGAUUUGCUUUUCGGUGUAACUAGUGAUAAAUGUGUAAAAAUGUCUAAUUCAACUGCCCAAGUGUUAAUGAAGAAGGGAAAGAGGGGUGCAGCUGCGUACAUCCAUGCGGACUGCGCUAGCGGCUCGCCGCAGCACUUAGGUCCACUUCUAGAUGUCUUGCUUAACCCCAGCAAGGCCAUAGAUGAGUGGGAGACAAUAGACUGGUGUCGGUGGCUUUUAGCGGGUGGAAGAACCCCAGACGAAUUUGCUGCAGUCGUGCGCAGUUACGAUAAGCACGACAAAUGCGGUCUGGUGUGGAUCCCGCGGGUGGUCGCCUACCGCUGUCGGACAUGCGGCAUAUCGCCCUGCAUGAGCAUCUGUCGCGAGUGCUUCCAUCGAGGGGACCACUCCACUCACGACUUCAACAUGUUCCUGUCACAGGCCGGCGGGGCCUGCGACUGCGGUGACAAUUCAGUCAUGAAGGAGGACGGUUUCUGUAGUAACCAUGGCAACAAGUGCCCCCACCCCGGGAUCGCGCCCGCCGAGCUCAUGUGCGUGGCUGAGGCCAUGAUGCCCAGGCUGAUACUCAGGCUGUUGCAGCACUUCAGGGAAAACAGCACGGGCGCCGCUAACUCCGACAACUACCGGGUGGCGGUCCAGGAGUGCGAGGGGUACGUGCAGAUGUUGAUGGAGUUCAACAACAUGGGCGAUCUCAUGAGGUCCGCCAUGACCAAGGCGCUCAUCAAUCCGCAGAUGUAUCGCAACCUGGUGUCAGCUCCGCAACCUGACACAGACUACGGUCAUUAUAUGACAGAAUCCAACAGAGUCUACGAGAAGGCGAUCGAUUCCUUCCCAGCCCCGGAACCGCCCGACGAAUACCGCCAUCUGCCAGCCCUAGCUCCCAGGCUACAACACAACACGCUCCUGGACGAGUUCAUAUUCUGGACAUUCAAAUACGAGUUCCCGCAAAAUGUCGUCUGCUUUCUGCUGAACAUGCUUCCGGACCAGGAUUACAAGGAGCACCUGACCCGUACAUUCGUGAUGCACUACGCCCGCAUCCCUCUGGUGCUGGAGAACUCGGCGGACCCCGACACUCUCUCCAACCGCGUGGUUCACAUGUCCGUGCAGUUGUUCUCCAACGAGGCGCUGGCGCUGCGCUGCGUGCAACAGCUGCACCUUCUGCACGUGAUGGUGCUCUCGCUGCGGCUCAUGAUGGGCAAGAUCCUGGUGCAGAACACGCUGCACGACCCCGACAAGAACUUCCACUACGUCAUCGACUGCACCAAGCGCGUCAUGAAGGAGCACUGCUACUGGCCGCUCGUGUCCGACUUCAACAACGUCCUCUCCCACAAGAGCGUGGCGCUCAUGUUCCUGCAGGACGACUCGCUCGUCGACAUGUGGUUCGAGUUCCUCUCCAUGCUGCAAGGUAUGAACGUUAAUAUUCGCGAGACCGGCGGCCACAUAGAGUUCGAGCCGUCCUCCUACUACGCCGCGUUCUCGUGCGAGCUGGAGGCGGCCGCCUACCCCAUGUGGAGCGUGCUGGGGCACCUGGGCGACCCCUCGCACGCGCCGCUCGCCCGGAGGAUGUUGGCCGCCGCUCUGGGGUACCUGCGGGACUGGCUGGACGCCGUCAACUGCACCACGCCCGCUCAGCCCAGGCAACAUCCGGCGGAGUCGAUGCACGCGUCCUUCCACUUCCCCCUCCACCGCUACCUGUCCGCCUUCCUGUGUGCCGGAGUCCGCUGUAUGGGCAUCCGAGCCGCGGACGUGCUGCCGCCGCCGCCCAUGCUGGCCAUGCUCGCCGCACAUCCGCUCAGAGUACAGAGCCUGUUCUACGAGAUCCUGGCGGGCGUGUGGGUGAGGAACGGUCUGCAGAUCAAGGGCCAGGCGAUGACGUACAUCCAGGCCAACUUCUGCAACUCCAUGGUAGACAUGGACAUCUACUGGCUGCAGAUCUGCGCCGCUCACCUGCCGGCCGACCAGUUCCUCGACAUGUGUAUUGAUGUUUUCGGUGUCCGCGAGUGGCUGAGCAUGACGCCCAUGUCAGCGAGUCAGGCCUCCGAGCAGGACGCCAUGGUGGAGGGACUGCUGACCUUCCUGGCGAUACUGGUGUCCUCGCGGACCAACCUCGGUAACGACGAGCUGACCCAGUCCCGCCUGGAGGUGGCGACGCUCCUGGCCGCCGGCGACAAGACACACUCGCAGCUGCUGGAGCUGAUGCCGGAGAGGUCCGGGAACGCUCACACCAGGAACUUCGAGACCGUUCUCAAAGAGCUGUCAGUGUACCGCGCGCCCCCCAAGUGUUCGGAAAGCCUGGAGCAGGGUCUGUUCGUGCCGCGGGCCGUGGUGUGGACACGCUACUACGACCCGCUCCACGUGCUGAGGAGGGCCGUGCACAGGAGGGACUUCCACGCCUCCAUGGACAGAUUCACAGCCUUCGUCAGGGAGAAGCAGAAGUCUGAAGGGAGUCCCGGCACCUGCACGGGGACGCUCUGGCCGCCGCUGAGACCCGCCCUGCCCCCGCCCGAGGCCGCUGGGGACCCCAGGGAACUCUGCGCCUCUGGUGUGUUACACGGAGCCCUGCUGGCGGUGCUCCACCGCGGGGUCCGCCGUCGGGCGGCGGAGGGCGCCUCCGAGGCGGAGGGGGGCGCCGGUCCCCCCGCCCCGCCAGCCCCGCCUGACCACGUGCUCGCCCUGGCCGUGUACCUGCUGGCCGUGGCCGCCGACCUCGCCGCUGAGAGGCAGAAGACACACGACCGGGACGUGUGUGUGGCGGCGUGCGGGCGGGGAGCGGGCGGCCGCGUGUCGGGCGUGCCUCUCCUGCGGGCCUUCGCCGGCGGCUCGGUGUGUGACAACGCACGGACCGUGGUGGUCCGCGUGCCCCCCACCCCGGCCGCUGCACCCCCCGCCACCACCCUACAUAGGCACACCGCCCCACAACACAAUCACCACUCCGACAGUGAGACCGAGUGGGAGGGCGGGUCGGGGUCGGGCGAGGCGGGCCCGGGGUCUCACAAGACGGCCUCGCUCCAGGCCGGGGCCGGCACCGCGCUCGCCGUGCCACAGUCCACACAGAUGAUGCGCGGCCGGUCCGCGUCCGACGACCAGUCCUCGGACGCCGGAGGAGACACGCCGGAGAUAAGAGCGCUGGAGCCGCUGUACCCUCAGACGGCGGGCGGCAGCACGGCUCUGGCGCUGCCCUCGCUCCCCGCCCUGCACGACGUGAACAUGGGAGACGCGCUGGCUCUCACCACACAUGCCCACGAAGACAUCGACCCCGAUGUAGACGUGCAGUACGAGCUGGAGGCAGCAGCGUGGCAAGACACGAGGCCGGCCCUGCCCGCGCCGCCCUCGCCCAUGGUCAGCACGCCGCCCUCCACUGACACGCAGCUCCAGCUGCACACUCCUACCGACGAGCAGAUCCCCGUCAACGAGUCCAUCAUAUCCCUGCUGCUGAAGCUUCACUCGCAGCUGUCGGGGCGACUCGACUCCUUCUCGCUGGAGGAGCCGGCUAUAGCCUGCGACGAACCUAUCGGUGACGGGCCCCACUUCAUCGGUCUCCUGGUGCACAAGCUGGCCGCCCUGGACGCGCGGUGUGCCGCCGCCGUGCAGCAAGUGAGGCGCGCGCUCUGGCCCCAUCAGAGAGAGAGACAGGCGGAGCAGAGAGCGAGGGAGAGGAGGGAAAAGGAAGAGCGCUCCAGGAGGGCCAGGGACAGGCAGCAGCAGCUCAUGAGGGAGUUCGCCAGGAGACAACAGCAGUUUAUGUCGGCGAUGGAGAGCAUGGAGGGCGCACCCAUGGAGUGGGAGGAGGAGGUGCAGAGGGACUACGACUGUGUUAUCUGCAACACCACCGCGCCCACCACCCCACACGACCCUAUAGGGCUCGUUGUACUGCUGCAGUCGACGUCGGUGCUGGGUCAUCGUCGUCGUCGCGGCAGUGGCGGCGCUCGCCUGGCGCUGUGCGAGGCGGAGCGUGCUCGUCUCGCCCAGCAGCAGCACGCCACGGCGGCCGCUCACCACUACCGCCUGCACGACGAGCUCCACCAGCACUUCGACCAGGACUCGUGGGUGCUGUCGGUGUCGGUGGGCUGGGAGGGCGGCGUGGCGGCGCAGUCCUGCGGCCAUCACCUCCACCUGCGCUGCCUCCGCUCCUAUCUGCGCUCGCUGGCGGCUCCUCAGCGGCCUCACAACCUCCACGUGGAGCGCGGCGAGUUCCUGUGUCCUCUGUGUCGCCAGUUAGCUAACAGCGUGUUGCCACUCGCGCCCCCCGCCGUGCCCAGAAACCCCCCGCCCGCCCCCCUCCACCACCAGCUGGCGGCACAGGUGCUCGACAUGUUGGAGAGAGACCACCCGGCGCCGAGUCCGAGUCGCCUGUCGGAGGCGAUGGGGAAAGCGAUGGAGGACAUGACGGCGACGGCGGGCGGCAAGCUGAAGCAGCGCUACGGCUCCUCGCCCGCCGCCAUCUUCACGUUCGUGGCGUCCCUGGUGAGGACCAACCUGGAGUGUGAGCUGGUGCAGCGAGGCGGCUCGCUCGUCCAUCAACCCGCGCCGCGGUACAAGCCUCGCGACGACUGCAUAGUCCCCCUCAUCGCGGUGGCGGGUGCUCACGCCGUGGCGCUGUCCGCGGCCGGCGCGCGGCUCGGCGUGUCGGAGACGUGGCGCGCGCUGGUGCCCGCGGCCUGCAGCGGCGGCGAUGGCCCAGCUGGGAGCGGCUCACCGGCCACGCUGCACGGCGCCGCCUCCCGCCCGGUACCGCUGCUGCUGAGAGACCCCACCGCACUGCUCAUGCACUUCCUGCUGCUCGCCCCUGCCUCUCCGCCUCACAUCGAUAUCCAACACUUCACGUGUAUCGUCCGCGUGCUGUACACGCUCACGUACUAUCAAGUGGUGAACCAGCUGUGUGCGUGCGGCACACUGAGUGCGGCGCUCCAAACGGCAAGCGGACGGGACGCCGGCAGCGGACUGGCGGAGGCGGCGCGGCUGCUGCUGGGGGCUCUGGACGGACAUCACCUGCUGGACGACGAGGGAACCGCCGCAGACACCGCCCACCACCUGGACGCCGUGGAGCUGGAGGUCCAGGAGCUAGUGGUUCCGUUCCUCCGUAUAGCGGCGCUCCUCCGUAAGCACAUGUACGGGGCGGAGCUGCCUCACAUCGCCAGAGAAGAGGACGAGUUCGUGGCGCUGUUGCGGUUCCUGGAUCUGGCGGAGGCGGGCCCGGCCGACGCCGCGCUGCCCUCGGACGCGGCGAGCGCGGCGCGCGGCUGGGCGCGGCAGCUGGGUGCGGCCGCCGCCGGCGGGCAGCUGGGCGUGCAGCGCGUGGUGCGGUCCCUGCACGCGGACUGGGCGCCGCCGUCGCUGCUGGCCCUGCCGCGGGACUACGACCGCCUGUUCACGUACUACCACGAGCGCGUGUGCCUGCAGUGCGGCGCCGUGCCCAAGGAGGCGUCCGUGUGUCUGCUGUGCGGGACCCUGGUGUGCCUCAAGCAGCCGUGCUGCCGCCACCGCGCCGUGGCCGAAGCGGUGCAGCACGCGACCGACUGCGGCGGCGGCACCGGCAUCUUCCUGGUGGUCACGUCCACGUACAUCAUAGUGAUCCGCGGCCGGCGGGCCUGCCUGUGGGGCUCGCUCUACCUCGACGACUACGACGAGGAGGACCGCGACCUGAAGCGCGGCAAGCCGCUGUACCUGUCGCAGGACCGGCUGGAGCUGCUGCAGGCGCAGUGGCUCGCUCACCGCUUCGACCACACCAAGCGGACCUGGGUGUGGCACCGCGACUCGCUCUGAGCGCCUCCCUCUCUCGUCGCCGGAGUGUGUCGCGUUGCUCAAGGCGGCCGCCGCAGCGCCGCCUCCCGUCUCCAGGUGUGAUGUCCGUGUGCCGGAGCGCGGCUGAGGGCUGUGAACGUUAUCCCGGGUCUCUUCGGAGCUCGUCGUGAUAGCGAUAGUGUUUAAAUUAUUACGUUACGUCAUCUCAUCUCACCUCUCGUCUUAUCCUUGAUAACCUAGCUUUGAUAACUUUGUUGUUAUUUUAUUUUGUAAUUAUUUUACAUAUGUUUGUCAGCGAGCGGCUCUAACAUCACGAUAUAUAUAAUAGAUACGCGGUCGCGAGCUCGUGUGUUCUCGGACGUGUGUGUGGGACGGCAGUGUGUUAUAUUAUAGUAUGUAGUUAGUCUUUUCGUUUCGUGUGCAAUGUUGUGGCCUUGUAAUGUAAACUGUAAAUUCCUCUCGUCAGAAGUACCCUCGUGUAACGUUAGUCGACCGGAGCUGUUCAGUUUUUUCGAGCUUUCUUUGAGCUUCAUCGUCGGUGAGUCAGUCGGUCGGUCGGAGUGACCCCGGUCCGCCUUCAUCUCAUGUCGCAUGGUGCAUGCAUGUUACGUCGUGCCUUUAAUUUCGGUGAAUCAUAUAUUGAAGUAUAUAGCAUGUUAUCGUAUCAUAGAAAUAUAAUGAGAUACAAUAAAUAUUACAGGUUGAACCCUUUAGACGUUAAUGAUGACACCAUAUUGUUGUUGUGUGUAGCACGCGAUGUUCUGGCUGUAUGCGACGGACGCGCAACGGGAAAUUAAGAGAAUGUUGUUACGAUGCAGUUGUUUAAAUAUAAUAUGUUUGUGAUAUAUUUUACAUUUGAUUUUUGAUAGUCUGUACUAUGUAUGUGUAAGGUAUUUAACCCCCUCCCUCUCCCCUCCCCUCCCCCACCCUCUGCCUGUUCUCUAAGUUAGUUUUAUUUAUCCCGUCGUCGCUCGAUGUUGUUAGCUCGGGUUGCCCGUCACCCCUCUUGUAUAUAAUCAAACAUUAAAGUUGUUGAUAAAUCA